GGGGGGAGCGCGUCUGUCUUUUCUUGCCGUUGUCUGGCGAGUGACUUCAGUACCGUAACGGGGUGACUGUCACGGAAAAGGCGCAGAAGGAGUUGCAAAUGAGUCUUUGAAGUCGAUCUCGGCCUCCCCUCUGCGCGUCAGAUCGGAAUCCAGGAGCUCGCUGAAGCGCCGGUCAUGGGGACGGAGGAGCAGGCGGCCCGGAGCUUCCUGGACGAGCUGGUGAAGGAGUUCCCCGGGCCCCUGGGCCCCGAGCAGCCGCUGCCCGUGAGCCCCUUAAGCGGCACUGUCAGCCAGGCUGAGAUUCGCGGAGAGUGCCUGGACGUGGCCCUACGGCUGCUGAGAGCCAGGAAUGCCCCGGAAGGGCUCAGUGCGGCCCUGUCCCACGCGGCCGUUGCAGAGCUGCUGAAGAGUGACCUGUCGGCUUUCGCCCAGGAGCAGGAGCAGGCAGCCCCCUUGAUGCGCUCGGAGCCCCUGCAGCGCCGCUUCCUGAACGAGCUGCUGGAGGUGUGCCGGGGCAGGCAGCAGAGCCGCGAGCCCCCCCCGGCGGGCCGGCGCUUCCUCCGCGCCUCGGCCCACGCCAUCCGCAACGCCCGCAGGAAGAUGGAGGACCGCCACGUGGUGCUGACCCACUUCAACCAGCUCUUCGGCCUGGAGGACCAGACCGAGCGCAGUUACUUCGCGGUCUUCGACGGGCACGGCGGAGUGGACGCGGCGACGUACGCAGCCACGCACUUGCACGUCAACGUCGGCCAGCAUGAGGCGCUGCUGAGCGACCCAGCCUUGGCCCUGAAGAGCGCCUUCACCCAGACGGACGACAUGUUCCGGGAGAAAGCCAGCAGAGAGCGUCUGCGCAGUGGGAGUACUGGGGUGGCGGUGCUGCUGGCGGGAGACUGCCUUCACGUGGCCUGGCUGGGCGACUCGCAGGCCAUGCUGGUGAGAGAAGGACAAGUGGUCACUCUGAUGGAGCCCCACAAGCCUGAGAGAGAGGAUGAGAAGAAGCGGAUCGAGGAUCUGGGAGGGUGUAUUGCCUUCAUGGGCUGCUGGAGAGUGAACGGCACCUACGCGGUCUCUCGAGCCAUAGGCGACUUCGACCAGAAGCCCUACGUCUCCGGCGAGCCCGACGGCGCCUCCUUCCCCCUGGGCGGCGCGGAGGACUUCCUGCUGCUGGCCUGCGACGGCUUCUUCGACGCGGUGCAGCCGCGGGAGGCGGCGGGGGCGGUGCUGGAGAAGCUCUAA